CUGGACGAUGCCGACGCCGACGCGCCCAUGGACGCCGAUGACCAGAAGGCUGUCGUGCAGGAGCUGCGCGAGCGCAACUCACAGAGCGACUACAUCGCGCGUAUGGGCAUGCUGGUGCUGAUUGCUGGGCUGGGCUUCCUGUGAGUGCCGCUGCUGCUCUGCGUGUGGUGGUCGCUGUACUGGGCCGGACAGCACGGCGGCCAGCAUACAGGAGGGCUGUGCCCGCGCCUGCUGUCGCACACUGCUUGCGUGAUGUGGUCCCGGCAUACAGUCCUGUCUGCGCCCGCAGCUGACCGGUCGAGCGCAGCUAUUGCACGCCCAUGCCCGCAUACCUCACCAACACGCAUCCCGACACGCACUUCCACAUGCUCUUUGUGCACCACGAGGCCGAUGCGACGCACGACGACCUGACGCGCCUGCCGAUUGCGCCCAUCUACACCGUCUUCCUCGCAAGCACCGGCUGCCUGCUGUGGGCGGCGUGGCGCGAGACGGCAGACCGCAUGGGCCUCAUCAAGCGCAAGGGCCUGCCGUACCCGCAGCAGCCGCACCUCUUCGGCACGGCGCCCGGCUGGCUCGUCAAGUCGUUGACGGACCUGCGCUACCACCCGACCAACAUGGCCGGCUACAAGGCGCCGGCACCCGGCACGAUGAAUCGCAACACGGGCGCCGACAACCCGCCAAACUUCAUGACCAAGAUGCACCCGCGCAACCUCUACCUCAUGCUCGUCUUUGUCGCCAGCUGGCCGCUGCCGCUCAUGACGUUCGGCGCCGGCGCAUUCGGCGCGGCCGCGUGGUGGGCGCUGACGCCGCUGGUGCUGGGCCUGCUGCUGCUGAUCGAGUACAUCAUCAACCAGGCGGAAAUUGCCGCGAAGGGCCUCGACGGCAUGCGGUAUCAGUACAAGUCGGCCUAGGGGCGCCACCUCGCUCUCUCGGACACAGCAGAAGUGGGCCUGGCAGGCAUGCACGUCAAUC